AUGCGGGAUCCCGCAAAUUCGAGUUUGCCGGUCACUAACUUAGUAAAUAUUCCAUUUCUCAAAAUGCCCAAAUUUCAAAAAAAUUUUCAUUUCUUCCCUCCACAGAUCGUCCAACAACCAAUAAAAUUUGAAAAUUUAACGGAAGAUCUACUCACCGACUGGCGCCGAUUUCUCUCAGAACGAGCAUUGGCCGAUCCAACACACCCAUUCUUCUUCUAUUUUUCUUACCCACACGUUCACUCAACACAAUUUGCUAAUCACCAAUUUAAAGGAAAAUCUGAAAGGGGCCUUUUCGGCGACAAUUUGAAUGAAAUGGCCUGGUCAGUGGGAGAGAUUAUUAGCGACCUUCGCAAGUACGGACUUGAUAGAAACACCCUUGUAGUCUUCAUGUCUGACCACGGACCCCAUCAGGAGCUUUGUAAUAAUGGGGGGUCUACUGCUGGGCUGAAAGGGGGAAAGUCUAAUAGCUAUGAGGGGGGAUUCAGGUAA